AUGUACCCAGGCUAUACAAUUAAUCUUUCUCCCGAGUCCACCCUCACGCUCUCCGAUAGCGCCAUAGCCACCCCUGAAUGCUGGACCAGUACACCAACGCCCACCGGGACAGCGUCGGCGAUGCCUGAACUCGACGGUGGUGCCAGCUCAGAAGAUCUUGCAGCGAGUGACCUAAGAGACCCUUUUUAUGCCAGUACAAUCCCAAUGGCAUAUUCAAUAUCUGCUACUACAACACUAGCAUAUGUCCUCCUAUUCCUCCUGUUUCUCCCUAACCCGCCCAACUCACGACCAUGGCUCCAAAAGGUAGCCACUCUCACCGUGGUAGUAUGCCUCACCAUUGCCUUUGCAGAAACCACAACAGUGCUUGAAGAGGAGUACAAACUCGUCGGCUCAUCCCUCUACUCCCUCACCAACGAAGCACGUGAAGUCCGGCGUCGCGUCGUUGGCGGGACCGUUAUCAGAAUCGGCCGCAUCAUCUCGGACCUCUUCCUCUGGCUCGCCCAAGUACAAACACUAAUCCGCCUCUUCCCCCGGGAACGUGAAAAGGUGAUCAUCAAAUGGGCAGGCUUCUGCCUCAUCCUCCUCGACACGAUUUUCAGCAUUCUACAGACCUUUGUUUCGCCGCUCGCAACAAACCCCGACAGCUUCCUGGACGCAAUACCGGCACUAUCAUACCUCUUCCAGAUCGCGCUAUCUCUCCUGUACGCCUCGUGCGUGAUGUACUACUCCUUCGCCAAGCGUAAAUACUCAUACCUGUACCCGCACUCCUUCUUCAAGCCCGCACCACCGGGCUCAAAGCAGUACGGCGGCCGCAGCAUCGUCCUCGUUGCAAUCCUUAGUAUCGCAAGUGUCCUCACCCCAAUCGUCUUCUUCGUGCUCGACAUCGCACAAAAGGAUCUCGCCGGCUGGGGCGACUACAUCCGCUGGGUCGGUGCCGCCUCCGCAUCCGCCGUUGUCUGGGAGUGGGUAGACCGCAUCGAAGGUCUUGAGCGCGAGGAAUGCAAAGGCGGAGUCCUAGGACGCGAGGUCUUCGACGAAGACGAAGAUGAAGACGACGGCUUCACCAACGCUACAAGGCGACGAAGAACCCGGCGAAGAAGCGGGGACGACGACAACGGCGGCGGGGGAGGCGGCGGCGCAAACGGCAUUCCGCUCAGUAGGGCCACCACCGUCACGAGCGCCAGCACGUCGUAUGCCGUCAAUGUGAGGCGGGUCGACACCGCAGACACGUUCAUCGGGCGCUUUGGGACACCUAGUAGCAGCGGCGGUGGGGGCGGCGGCGCCGGAAGUGUCAGCGGAGUAGGCGGCGGGCUCGGCCGCGGCCGCGGAACACCCGGCACCGUCCGCAGUGCCAGCACCGUCAGUGGGCGGCACGCCACCCCCGCAAUCUCCGAAGAAGUCGCCGCAAGCGCCGCAGCCGACGCCUUAUCACCGCCGCUACCACUGCUAACACUAUCAAGAAGACCAGAAACUGCGUCAGCAGAAGAGACCCCCGCCCCGGUGGUCGAGGAUAGAGAAGAGGGUUGGGAGGAUCAUAGACGCAGUCCUAGUCCGCCAUUCACAACUACUGCAACAACUACGCACAGCAACCUUCACCCUCCGACUCCGCCGGCACCGUCACAGUCUACAGAAACGCUCUGGCCGUGGCGGAAAUGGCGGCAGGAGACGACGGCGUCACCGUCGAUGCCUGCGCCCUCUGCAGCGUCGCUCCCAGUAACGAUUAUUCCUGCCCCUCCUCGUGGGGCCCGAGGAUCUUGGGGAGCGGUGGAGAGAGCACGGGCAAUGGCGGAGGCGGAGGCAGGGAUUGCGGAGCGGGAUGGCAGUAGGGUCGAGUUGCCGCCUAGUAGUAGUGGUAAUGAGACUGUAGUUCGGGACUGGGGCGGUGGAUAA